UUUAGAUCCGGCGAAAAGUUAGACGCACUUUGGGUCCUUCGCCAAGAUGUCAUUACGUAAUAUUCAGGCGCCAAGACCUGCUCAACUCUGGGAGUAGUUUGUUGUGGAAGAUGUCUAAAGUAAAAAAGGGUAAAAAGGUAGUUAAUCAGGAGGAGUUGCGUCGGUUGAUGAGAGCGAAACAAAAGGAAUCCGACAGAAAGAAAAGAGUCGAAUCGCCAUUUGCUAAAUACAACUCUCUCGGUCACCUAAGCUGUGUGCUCUGCAAUGUACCCGUGAAAUCGGAAAUAUUGUGGCAAGCGCAUAUCCUUGGAAAACAGCAUAAAGAUAAAGUCGCCGAACUCAAAGGAGCAAAGCAACCCCAAGUCAACAAUCAGACCGUCCUGCCCUCGCAACUGAAAAGGAAAGCGCCAGAGACAAAUGCAACCUCAGGGAAAAAAAGACCCACAGACGCUGGUUCCACGUCCUCCGGGCUUCCUCCAGGUUUUUUUGACGGGGACAAGAAAUCUACUGGUUUGGGGAUAUUAAGUGGUAUUUAUGACGAUGAUGAUGAUGAUGAUGAUGAAAACGAAGACCACAACAACAGUGUUGCAAUUGCUGGAAAAGCCGAAGACGAGAAAUCGUCCAGUGCCUCCGCAGCUGUUGAGGGUGCACCCAAUUCGGGCCUUCCAGAUGAUUUUUUUGACAGCGGCAUCCCACUUGCCCCAAGUGUUUCCCACUCGGGUUCGAUUUCCAAACCGGACGAAGAUGACAAGGUCUCAGAGAGGAGAGAAAACACAACAGAGGCUUUACCUGAGGGGUUUUUCGACGACCCAGUGAAAGAUGCCAAGGUGCGCAAUGUGGACACACCUAAAGACAUAAUGGACAAGGAGUGGGACGAGUUUCAGAAGGAGAUGCGGCAGGUGAACACCAAAUCAGAUGCUAUUGUUGCUGAGGAUGACGAAGAAGGGCGGUUGGAGCGUCAAAUCGAUGAGAUUGAUGAACAGAUUGAAUGCUACCGCCGAGUGGAGGUACUGCGAGAUAAACAGGACAUUGUCAAAGAGAAACUUGUCCGGGAGAAGAUGGGCGUUUCUGCUGAGUACUCUGGUGACAGUGAUGAGGAAGACGAAGAGGAAUUGCUUCAUUUGCUGUCUCGGGACUGGAGGGCUAAAGGCGCUCUUGCUUAAUAUGGCCUGCUUAGUUGGGUUACCGACGGUCGGUUUUUGACCUUUUCCAAAAUGUGUACAAAGCAGUGGAAUGUUGUGUUUGGGGAUAAUGUCUUUGUUCAAUAAUUUGUUCAUACAGAAUGUAUGUGAUGUAGUUGAAACAAGUCCAUCUGAAAAUCUCUAGUAAAUACUUUAUGUAUUAAAAUGUUCAUGAGUACA